CGCGCUCUCCAUGCCCCGAGGGGUCCCGACUAUGGCCAGGUUGAGGGCAUCAUUGGUGGACAGAACAGCCACCCAGCGCUGUGUAGAUCAGGCCCCGCCGCAUGACCGGCCAUCGAAACCGCUGCAAUUGCCCCGAACGAGAAGCAGUGACGCCAUCCCGCAGACACCAACAACCCGUGAUUUUGGCGAUGCGAUCUGAGGCCCUAAGGGGACAACUGAUCAGUGAUGUAAACCCGGGUCGCUAGCGGAAUUGGUAUCUUUUUCCUGGCGCCCUGAUAGGCUUCCUCGGGGGCGCAAAAGAAAGCAGGCCCCGAUCCCCAAUGGUGGGCAAUUCCACGUUGAUCAUAUGGAAAGAUGGAAGUGUCGUUCCAAACUGUCAGGAUCUUCCACACCGAUACCAUACGGUACGUCGUCAAUACCCACCAGUACGGCGGGACAGCGAGCCGGCAUCCCACUUGUACCUCGCGGGCCUCAAAAGGAGGUGACUACUUACUGUGCUCGUCGAGGGCGUAACACUGCAGCGGACGGGGUCACCGACAUUAUUACCCCUAGUCUUCAUAAGCAAUAUGUCAAUAAACCCCCAAUGUGCACAAUUGCCCGGAGUACGGAGUACAGAAUGUUCGGCAGAGGACAGGCACAGGUUCCAGGGCACAUGCAUGAAAGGAUGAACCGCCUAUGGGCACAGACUCCAGGCCGGUCUUGGUUCAUCCCACCGGGUCAACCAUGGUCGGAUGGCAGUGCCUGUCCAUUCGCAAGCCCUCAUGCCCAGCCAGAACCGCAUGAGUGGCUGGUGCGAAAAGAAUGAGCUGCAUGGAAGACUCGACUUUGGUUUUCUAGAAGUCAUUGCUGGGAGAGCGUGUAUGUGGCAACACG